UUUGUUUGCAUGGCACACAAUUUGAGAUUGCAGGCACUGUAUUUGGGGAAAGAGUUACAAUAUGUCCUUUAAUUGCAGAAAAUCUUAUAGUCAGACCUGAUUUUUUUGAAUCAUGGAUAAAUCAACUGACAAGAAUAUUUUGUUCUUUACAUGAGGCGAUUAAAACUUUGGAAAAAUACUAUAGUGAAUGUUUAUUAGUUCCAGAAAAAAGAUUGAUAGAAACGUGGGAAGAAGAGAAUGAUGAUACAAAACACAUAGUCAAGUUUUCUGAAACUUAUGGUUAUGAUGCACACAGUUUCUGUGCUGAACAUCAAAUAGCACCAAAAAUCAUUCAUUAUUCAGACAUAAAUUCUGGGUAUAAAUUUAUUGUAAUGGAAUAUCUUGAUGGAUAUGAGACUAUAAAUUCAUUGUUUUCGAAAGUAAAAAAAGAAGAUUUGAAGGAGAUAAAAAAUUCUAUAAAAGUUGCUGAUAGAUGGGUUAUAAAAAUUAUAGAUUUUGAAUGGGCAGGUCCAGAAGGAAAAAUUAGAUAUCCAUAUGUGACCAUGAAUCCAAAGAUCAAAUGGCACAAUGAAGUGAAACCUGGAAAUUUAAUUAGAAAAUCACAUGACAUACAUUUAUUAGAUGAAGGCUUUAUUACUCCUCAAUGA